AUGAAAUGGAAGAGUUGUUAUAUAUUGUUACUAAACAUACAUUGCUUCAUGAAUAAAAUGUUUCUUAGGUUUUGGUUUUUCGGCAGUAGAGCAAUAAUUUUUAUUAAUAAUACAUUUUUUUUUGAAAGAGUUAAAAGGGGAUCUAAAAGAAAAGGCGGGUCAAUAGAGAUAGAUGUGAUUCCUCUAAAGAAGAAUGUUAAAGAGAUGCAGCAGAUCAAUCAAUGUUCUGCUGUCAUCUACAGAAGAAACUCGUGUGGUGAAGGAUGACGUUAUAGUUUGCACUGUUAGCGCCGAGUGAGUUUGGGAUUAGAGACUAAAUCCUAGUUCUAGACUAAAAUAAAUGUUAGAGCUGUCUAAACUGAAAACAUGUUUGCUGUAGGGUUGUGCAAAAUUCAGAAUUUAAUUCAAUUAUAUGAAUGAAUUUGAAUUGACUCCACCCUACAGGAUGUUGAAUUGAAUUUGAAUUGAAAUUACAGGAAGUGGAAUUGAAUUCAUGGCAAUUCAGAGAAAUUCAUUCUUAUCACAUAUCAGUGAGAAUGUGAUACUUUUAACAUACAUUUUUCUUCCUAAUGGAAGUACAGAUACUAACAUUAAGCAUACAUUCCCUUAAUGUUGAAUAAUUAGCAAUAUCUUCAUUUCAAAGUAAUCAAAUGAAACAAUGUUUUGGUAAUGCAAUUAUCAUUUAUUAAAGUACUUUACACGGUAACGUUGUUGCAUCUAAUGGUCAACAGUUCCUCAAAUGUUUGGUCAACCAUUUUGAAGACUUGGAUACAGCAAGGUAUUCUGGGAAAUGAAGUGCUAUCCUAUCAUUUCCCACAAUUUGAAAGUUAUUACAAUUUUAAUGAUCUGUUUUAUAGAGUAUGUUUAUAAUGUUAAUUUGUGAUAAAAAAAGGCCUAUUUACUAUAAUAAAGUAUUGUGUGCAUAAAGUCCAUACAAUAAUAUCUGUAUGAAAUUCAUGUUGUAAUAAUAUGCAAUAUAUACUGUAAAGCUUCAUUGUUAAAUACACCUUAAUUAUGUAUCAGGAAUUUCUUUGAAUUUUAUGGAAUUCCAAUUCUACUUCCUGCAAUUUGAAUUUGAAUUGCAAUCUUCCUGUUUGCAAUCUCAAUUCAAAUUCAAGAAUUGAAUUGGAAUUUAGGGGUCAUUCUCAAUUCAAUUCUGAAUUUUGUACAACCCUGGUUUGCCACUGACACAUCUUAAAUUACACACAUCAAUGCUUUUGUUUUGACUCCAAAUGCACACAAGUGAUGCUUUUUGGUCAUGCAUGUUUGUAAAAACGAUUUAAAUGUCCUAAUUUAGGACUACCUAAAGGCUAGUCCCGAUUUAAUUUAAUCCCUGUCCGGGAAAGCCCCCCUUAAUGUUGCUGCACUUUUGUCCUACACACAUUAUGGUGACACCAUACAGAUAUAGAAAUAACAUCAUCUUAAAACAUAUCUGAACCAUGAAGAGCUCAUUUGCAAAAACAGUUGUCUAAAUGUCAAAAUGAUUUUUUUAUUGAGCAUUCCAAGUUGUAUCAAUCUAACUGCAGUUGGGUUGUUUUGAUGAAGUAAUAGUUAAACAGCUAACUAUCACAAUAAAACAUGAUUUAUGAAAAUGAAGUUGUCUUUUUUUGCAAAUGAACUUUUCAAUUAUAGUUACGUGAAUGGAAAAAUGAACAGAGUGCAGGUUGACUGAGUUCUGGCCCUGUGCAGUACCCGUAGCGUGUCCUCUCUGCUCUGCCGUAGUGACGUCACGCGUGCGUGUGUUUGAACUGCUCUCACGUUGUGUGCGUUUUUGAGCAAACAUCAGUAGUUUAUAUAUAUAUUUAUAGUUUAAAGCCUGAGUGGAGUCAUGAAUGUUCAGCCAUCAAACCCCAACAAUCCCAUCGUGUUCUUUGACGUCACCAUCGGCGGACAGGAAGUGGGCAGAAUGAAGAUCGAGCUCUUUGCUGACAUUGUGCCCAAGACUGCUGAAAACUUUCGGCAGUUCUGCACCGGAGAGUUCAAGAAGGACGGCGUUCCCGUGGGUUAUAAAGGCUGCACGUUUCACCGGGUCAUUAAGGACUUCAUGAUUCAGGGAGGAGAUUUUGUCAAUGGCGACGGCACGGGUCUGUGCAGUAUCUACAGAGGACCGUUUGCAGAUGAGAACUUCAGAAUGAAACACUCCAGUCCAGGACUUCUGUCUAUGGCUAACAGUGGGCCGGGAACAAAUGGCUGUCAGUUUUUUCUCACCUGCACAAAGUGUGACUGGCUGGACGGGAAGCAUGUGGUGUUCGGAAAAGUGGUGGAUGGUUUGCUUGUCAUGAGAAAGAUUGAGAAUUUACCAACAGGACCCAACAACAAGCCCAAGCUGCCCAUCGUCAUCUCUCAGUGUGGGGAAAUGUGAUGGGUUUUAUUUGUGUGUGUGUGUGUGUGUGUGUUGGGGGGGAAGUCACUGAUCAUCUUCUGGAAUCAAACCAUUUUACAUUGAUUUGGAAAAGGAAUCACCCGAUUAAAGACAAACUGAUGAACAUUCUAUUUAACCGAAGGCAGAAACGAGUAUUCUUUCUACAUUUUGUAUGGCAAUGCUUUAAUUUUAAUUCACUCAUAAUUGUUGACUGUUAGAUCUGUUUUCUGACCAAGAUAGCCAAAAUAAAUGUCACUUUUUUUAAUAAAACUGAAACAUCCCGGCAGAGUUGAUCUGACGUUAAAAAUGAGCUCAAUCGUCUCGCGUGCUUUGGGUUGAUGAUACUGAAGCAGUGCUUUAAAGACACACCACUCAAUGAAAAUUUCUUGAGCGAAGCCCCAUUGUCUUCUUAUAGGUCCUUUACCCUGAGCCACAUCCUCCUAACCCAGAAAGCCCUUCCCCCAGCUCCUGGACUCUGGCCCAUUGACACAAAAGCAGUCUUUCAGCUGAAGUGCAGGAAGAGUUUUGGUCCCGGUGGGAGGCGUAUGGGGUCAAUGUUAAAGCCCGUCUUUGUGUUGGACCAUUAACAAUAAAAUCACACUUCAGCCGGUCUCCUCCACACUGCCACAAACGUAUUUGCAUGACAAAAAAGAAGGGGGUGGGUAGUUAGGGCCUGUCUCAUCCACGACCAUUGAGUGCUUCCUUUUAUAACAUGUGAGUAAAGUCAAUGUGAUGAAAUUGAAACACAUGAUCUCUACGUUACACCACCAUGAAUUCAUCCAGAUUCUGUACUCCUGUUUAUCAUUCAUAGCGUUAAAAACCCCGAGAUAUUUCGACUUACUUGGGAGUUAAACGACUUGCAUGUCUGAACGAGAUAAACGCCUUUGUGUUAAUAUAAGAACAAAGUUCAGUCCGUAUUAUGUACGUUUAUG